CGGCGGGUGCUUACACGUGUGUUAUCUUCAUCUCGGUGGAGUUGAAGGCCUGCUUGCUGUUUAUCCUCCUACAGCUCCCACGUGUCAUCCUCAUCAGUCAUGCCUGCCUCAGCCACAAUGUCAAGCCCUGAGGAUAUCGUUCACAACCUGUCCUCUCUGGACACCAAUGCGCGUCUCCGCGCGUUACGAGAGGUCAAGAAUCAGAUCAUCGGUAAUAAGACAAAAAAAUUAUCGUAUAUAAAGCUCGGGGCUGUCCGACGCGUGGUCGAGAUCCUCGCUAAGGACACCGAGACCCCGUUGCUCGUUCAGUCGGCUGCGGCGGUUGGCAGCUUUGCUUGUGGCAUGGAUGCGGGAGUCAUGGCCAUCCUGGACAGCGGAGGGCUUCCUCAUGUGGUGGAGGCAGGAGCGCGAUCUCUGAAGAUGAUUUUCCAAUCGUCGUUGGCGCCGAAGAACGACGUGUUUCAAUGGCAGACUCUUAAUCAGGUGCUCGAACUGCUGCAGAGUGAAAAUGACAGUGUUGCGGAGGUGGCAGCUAGUUUGCUGGCGCAUUGUUGUGACAGCGAGGAGCGCCAGGUCAUGCUUGGGAAAGCAGGUGCCAUGAAAAGACUCUUGCCCAUGCUUCAUCCCAAGUGUUCGCAGAAGAAGGUGGAGGCAGCUCUAGAUGCCAUAGCCGCUAUCACCCAAGACAACGAGGAUCAUUGCCACACUCUUGUGCAUGCAGGUGGAGGGAGCGUUUUGGAAGAGAUCCGGACGAAACUGAUUCGCCACGAGCUGCCGCGCAUGCGCCUCCAUGCGUGCAUGUGUCUCGUUAAUGUGUUCAGGUCUUGGUCAGGGGGUUUCCUCAAGCAGCGGGAGAUCCGACUCAGCAUACUCUGUGUGCUGCUGAAGCUUAUUGAUGAACCUGGCAGGGUUGGGGAGGAUGCGCCAGGUGUGCUUGCACGCUUCUUAGGCGACAGUAAUCAGCUCCAGAGGGAGGUGAGAGACCUUCAGAAGGAGGCCGUCUGUGAAAAGGAUGGCGUCGCCAUGCUUGCCGGCUUCUUUAAGAAAGUCUUCAUGAAUGCAAAGCACAAAGAGAAUGUGAUCAACGCACUAGCACAACUUUGCGCUAAUCUGGAAGAGGGACGUCGUCAAGUAGUAGACCUAAAGGUGUUCGAUCACAUUGUUGAUGCUUUGGACGAUGCAUCACCAGGGGUUUGUGCCGCUGCCUGCUUCUGCCUUCAAACUCUUUCAAGAUCAGUUAAGGUACUAAGAACAACAUUUAAAGACCGGCGAGUCUUGAUGGCUUUGCUGAAACUUCUUCGAGAUUCGUCAGUGGCAGUUCAGGAGGCAGCGUCGGGGGCACUCUGCAACGUUGUGCUGGAGUUUUCCGAUCUGAAAACGGUAUGUGACCUUUUGCUGAAUUGGCAGCGACUACAAGAUGAAGGGACGUGGUAACUUGUAAUCGGUGAAAAUGUCCGCCGGCUUUAAAAUUAUCACUGUGAAGGUCCGGAAAUCU